AUGAAGGCUGUAUUUUGUAGAAAGAAGCUCCGCGUAGAAAAUAUGGGCAGUGUACCACGUGAUGACCUUUCUCCAAAGAACCGGCGUGCCAGUUUCAGGUACAAAGGUUUUCUAAAAGAUUGUCCUGGUGGAGAACUAGAUAAGAACGAAUUCCAAAAAAUAUACAAACAAUUUUUCCCAUUCGGGGACCCGUCACGAUUUGCCGAAUACGUGUUUGACGUGUUUGACGAGAAUAAAAACGGGAAAAUUGAAUUCAAAGAGUUUAUAUGUGCAUUAUCGGUCACGUCUCGAGGCAAAUUAGACGAGAAAUUAUUAUGGGCAUUUCAACUCUACGAUAUUGACAAUGAUGGAUAUAUAUCACAAGAGGAAAUGCUGCGUAUUGUUGAAGCUAUAUAUAAAAUGGUGGGCAGUAUGGUUAACUUGCCUCCUGACGAGGAUACGCCCGAAAAACGCGUGAGCAAGAUAUUUGCCUUAAUGGACACGAAUCAUGAUGGAAAAUUAAGUAUGGACGAAUUCAAAGAAGGAUCAAAGCAAGAUCCUACAAUCGUUCAAGCAUUGAGCUUGUAUGACGGACUGGUAUAA